AUGUCAGCACAAAAAGAACAACGCGUGAUUUUGAAUGUUGGCGGAAUUAAGUACGAAACUUAUCGCUCAACGUUAACAGCUUAUCCAAACACAAUGCUUGGUGCAAUGUUUCAAGAACGUAAUGUAGAAUUACUUCAUCCAACCGAAGGUAGUAAUGAAUACUUCUUUGAUCGUAAUGGAUAUGCAUUUCGUUUCAUAAUAGAAUUCUAUCGUACUGGAAAAAUUCUAUGGGAAGAACCUACAACGAUAAAUUCAAUCAAUGUCACACGUAAUGAAUUACAUGAAGAAAUCGGAUAUUUUCGUAUUCCAUAUGAUAUUGAUGUCGAUUGUAAAAAAUUGAAAUUUAAAAAACGUCCAGCUGAAGUGAUUGAUAUAUUUGUGGAUGUAUUGGAGUCAUUUGUUGAUGCUGCUCUACAAGAAUGGCAUGGUGAUGUCAAGAUUUAUUUGUAUGAGGAUACUAUUUCUUUUAAAGCAUUUCUUGAUAAUGAAGAUGUCUCUAAUGAUAAAAACAUUUUAUGUUUGGAAAAUUUUAAAACAUUUAAAAAGAUGGGAUACAGAGUAUUAAAAUCUUUUGCCAAAGAUAUUGCGAUUUAUUUUAAGAAAUUAAUACCAGGAUUGGUUUGGGAUUGUCAUUAUUUUAAUAGAAACAUUCCUCAAGUCACUUUACCUCAUUUUGCUUUGAAAAUUUCUUUUGGUGAUAGAUAUUCUAAGGAAUUAUUAGAAAGUACUAAAUUUUAUUCAAAUUUAAUAAUGGAAGAUGAAGAUUCAUUAUAA